CACGGAGGAGCUGCACAGGCACAAUGGAGGGAGGCAGCGCGGCAUUGUGUGUGGCGCAGCCCGGGGACGGGGGCAGCACGCUGCCCUGCGCCCGCAGGCGGGGGGCUCUGGCCUCCCUGGGGUCAUUGGUGCUGUCCUGUCUGCUCUUUUAUGUCUUCACCCUGUGUUUUGUGGGAUGAAAUGUUGGGGUUUUUGUGCGCUGCCUCUUUUCUGUUCUGUUAGUACCCAGGUGAGCUCCGUGCUUGCAGGUGGGGUGAAGGGGGAGAGCAAAAAGGCAAAAGAAAGCACUUUUAAUGUGAGGCCGGUGGUGCAGGGCACCCGGGGCAGGCUGAGCGGGAGGGUGCAGCCCAAGCUGUUAAUCCCAGCAUGUGAUGGGCUCUCGGGUGCGUCUGGCCAGCGCUCAGCUGGAGGCAGACCGCUGCAUGCUGGGACUUGUAGUCUCCCUGGAUUAUACCUUACCGCGAAGGAAAGAUGUCUGCAGCCAGCUUCAUUUUAUGCACAUCAGAUUGACCCGAAGGUAGCGUUCCCCCGCCGAGCACAGCCCAAGAUGGUGACCCGAACGAAGAAGAUAUUUGUGGGUGGUCUGUCCGUGAACACUACUGUGGAGGAUGUGAAACAGUAUUUUGAGCAGUUUGGGAAGGUGGAUGAUGCGAUGCUGAUGUUUGACAAGACAACUAACAGACACCGAGGGUUUGGGUUUGUCACAUUUGAAAGCGAAGACAUUGUGGAAAAAGUGUGUGAAAUCCACUUCCAUGAGAUCAACAACAAAAUGGUGGAGUGUAAAAAAGCUCAGCCGAAGGAGGUGAUGUCCCCAACGGGCUCGGCGCGAGGGCGAUCCCGAGUCAUGCCUUACGGGAUGGAUGCCUUCAUGCUCGGGAUCGGCAUGCUGGGUUAUCCAGGCUUCCAAGCUGCCACCUAUGCGAGUCGGAGUUACACUGGCAUUGCACCUGGCUACACUUACCAGUUCCCUGAGUUCCGUGUAGAGCGGACCCCUCUCCCGAGUGCCCCCGUCCUCCCUGAGCUCACAGCAAUCCCCCUCACUGCGUAUGGACCCAUGGCAGCAGCAGCCGCUGCGGCAGCCGUGGUGCGAGGGACAGUUCUGCUGCCUCCUGUAGGCUCCACCCCCAGUCGCACCGGUGGAUUUCUGGGCACCACCAGCCCCGGGCCGAUGGCAGAGCUUUAUGGAGCCGCCAACCAGGACUCAGGGGUCAGCAGUUACAUCAGUGCUGCCAGUCCAGCCCCGAGCACCGGCUUUGGCCACAGCCUAGGGGGUCCCUUGAUUGCAACAGCUUUUACCAAUGGGUAUCACUGAAGCUGGGGACCAAGGAGGCAGGAGAUUCCCCAGUGACCUAACCGAGGACAGCGAGCGGCUGGAGGAUGGGGUGAGCCUCGGGGGAUGAGCCAAGGUUACCUUUUUCUUGAAUCAAACUGCACACUGCCGGCUGGCUGCCAGGCUCCUGCCGCCCUGCCCUGAUCUCUGCCCUUGACCAGACCACACUGGACUGAACCCAAGGAGAUCAUCUCGCUUUCUUACUAACCACCGACGGUUUACGCUUCCCCCCCCGCCCCCAGCCCACUGAUUCUUCUUUUAUUUAUUUUAGUAGUGGUUAGGUUUAUUUUUUUAUUUUAUUUUUGUAUCUUUGGGGGGGAGGGGGGGGCCCUUACCCCUUCUUUUUGUUGUUUGCUCUUUCCCGAGCUAGUAGACCUAUUUUAUGAAUUGGCUUUGUGAUUGUGUUAGGUAGUUUUUAUUGAGGAGUAUUUUUAUUUGGCUUUGAAACUGUUUGGAAUAUUUUCGACUCUGUUGUUGUUGUCGUCAGUGUUUUUAAAGCACGGUAUGUGACAAGAAUGCAGUUCUGAAGGGAAGAGAAGAGACGCAGAGAGAGCAAAGGCAGAGAGGAACUGCUGUAUUUCUAUUUUUUUUUUUAAAGAAACUGUUUUUAAUUGUUUCUGUUUUGUAAAUGUGAGGCUUUGAAAAGUGUGAAACUCCAAGGAUCCGAACGCGUUGGACACGGCUAUGGAACAGAACAAAUGUAUAUUUUGCUAAGUGAGAAACACUAUCCUUACAGCUGAAAGAGCUUGGGGGUUUUUGGGUUGUUUUGUUUUUUUUUUUUCCUUAGGUUUAGUUUUCUGUGGGGUUUUCUUUCUCCUCCUGUAUAAUAUGUAAAUAUUGUGAGCUGAACCUGGCUGCUGCCUGCAGCCUGGCUCCCAGGAGCAGCACCAGGUCCUGGACCUGGUGCCGCAGCGUGAGCAAUACUCUCCAGCAGAAUCCUGACAGGACUCCGUUCUUUUUUUGUACACCUUUUACUGUAAGAUUUUAAGACCUCUGUUGAGAUGAAAGGGGGGGUGGGGGGGUGAAACGUACCAGCCAUCGGCUGGUUUGCUGAGCGGGUUAAAGCUGCUUCCAAUUGCUCGAUGUACAGACUCCAUCACUGGGCUCCGUAGUGCCAGCCUCUGGCUUGGCUUUAGGUAAAGGGCUUUAACGCCAUUGCUUGUCUUGGUUACUUUGAAAGGAAUUCACUCUCCAAAUGCUAUCGCUUGUGUCAAGAUUUCCUGGGAAGGGGCUCCUCCUCUGGAGGUGAGGGUAUUGGAAUGGGUUUCAGCCAGGGCCAGGGGGAGGUUUGGGUGGUUGUUCUCUGAAGGGCAGGGCGCUGGGCUGGGGAGUCAUUAAUGGGGGAGGAAAGCAUUAGGGUGGUGAUUUGGGGGCGGGUUAAGGGCUUCUCAGGGAUUAUAUGAAUUAUAGAAUUGCAGCUUCCCGUUUGCUUUACUCUGUGUUCUAAAGACUGUGGGAAUUUGUCCCUUCCUGUGCCAGGGGUGAGCUGGUCCCUUCUCCAGAACCUGCUGGGGCUUCCCCUGGUGUGAUCCAGGCCCCUGCUAACAAACACUGUGCCAGGGGAGGUCUCCAGCAGCAGUACACGGGGCAGGUUUGGGUCUGGAUUUCAGUGAACCAAAGACCUUGUUAAGGGGGGUGAUUAAGCCUUUCAUUAAGAUGCAGCCAAACUCUUUUCCCAGGGAAAUAACAGCUUCAUCUUAAGUUUUAAAAAUCAUUCCCUCUCUUCCCCCAAACUGAGCCCCUGUAAGGGAGAAGGGCAUUUAGGGAAGGACUGGGAGGGCCACUGUGCUCACAGGGUCCUCUUCACUUCCAUCCUUUCCCUGUCUGCCAGAGCUUGUCCUGACCCAGGCGAUGUGUUUGGAGAGUUCUGUUUAGGUAAAGAGGGUACGUAACAGAUCAGUACUGAAAACACAAAGCAAUAAUUUUUGUUACUGAGACAAGAGUCUGUAUGUCUGUUUUUUUAAAUAUUUCCUAAUUAAAGAAGAGCUGCAUUUUAUUGGGUUUAUUUUUAUUCUAUAUACUUCAAAUUUGGGUCUGCGGACAGCGCUUUCCUCUCUCUUUGGUAGACGCGCUGAGCUGCUUCCGUGCCCCCUCCAGACAUCCAAGGCCAGUUGUGCUGCUGCUGGGCUGUGAUCACUCUCUGGCCAGUGCUGCCGCUGCCUGGAGACUGGGGCUCCGGUUUCAGGGUGGGCAUUUUUUUUAAAGGAAUAAAAGCUGUGUUUUUAAGCCAGUAAGUUAUUACACUCCCGUGUUUGUUCUCUCCACACCUGUAACCCUUUUUCCAGAUUUCAGUUUUAAAUUCCUAAUAAAUUAUUUGAAAACUGUC